AGAAGAUGAGCAAACCCAUAACACCAUCAACAUAUGUGCGCUGCCUCACUUUUGGAAUAAUUAGAAAGCUGUCCGAUUAUAUUGACCCUCAAGAAGGAUGGAAGAAGUUAGCUGUAGCUAUUAAAAAUCCAUCUGGGGAUGAUAGAUACAAUCAGCUUCAUAUAAGGCGAUUUGAAGCACUACUUCUGAGUGGAAAAAGUCCCACUUCUGAAUUGCUGUUUGACUGGGGCACCACAAAUUGCACCGUUGGUGAUCUCGUGGAUCUUUUGGUCCAAAAUGAGUUUCUUGCCCCUGCAAGUCUUCUGCUACCAGCAGAUGCUGUCCCCAAAACUGUGACAACACUCCCUUGUCCAGAAGCUGUAACAGCUCAGCAGAAGCAGGCCCCUCUCUAUGACAAAGAUGGACCUUCCGCGAUGCCAGUGCUGAAUCUUGACCAAAGCCAUGUGCCUCCUGACUCCUCAAGUGCAGAGAGUGAGAGUUUCGGAGUUAGUGACACACGUUUUCACAGUUUUUCAUUUUAUGAAUUGAAGAAUGUCACAAAUAACUUUGAUGAGCGGCCGCUUUCCGCUGGUGGUAAUAAAAUGGGAGAAGGAGGAUUUGGAGUUGUGUAUAAAGGCCAAGUGAAUAACAGAACCGUGGCAGUGAAGAAGCUGGCAUCAAUGGUUGACAUUAGUACUGAAGAACUGAAACAGCAGUUUGAUCAAGAAAUAAAAGUACUGGCAAAGUGUCAACAUGAAAACUUAGUAGAACUCCUUGGUUUCUCGAGUGAUGGUGAUGAUCUCUGCUUGGUCUAUGUUUACAUGCCCAACGGCUCAUUGCUCGACAGACUCUCUUGCUUGGAGGGCACUCCGCCCCUUUCUUGGUAUAUGAGAUGCAAGAUUGCUCAGGGGGCAGCUGACGGCAUCAAUUUUCUACAUGAAAACCAUCAUAUUCAUAGAGAUGUUAAAAGUGCAAAUAUAUUACUAGAUGAAAAGUUUACAGCCAAAAUAUCCGACUUUGGACUUGCGCGGGCUUCUGAGAAGCUUGCGCAGACCAUCAUGACGAGCAGGAUCGUGGGAACAACAGCGUAUAUGGCCCCUGAAGCUUUGCGAGGAGAAAUCACACCCAGAUCUGAUAUCUACAGCUUUGGUGUGGUUUUACUGGAAAUAAUAACUGGCCUUCCAGCUGUGGAUGAGCACCGUGAUCCCCAAUUAUUGUUAGAUAUCAAAGAAGAAAUCGAAGAUGAAGAAAAGGUGAUUGAAGAUUAUAUUGAUAUGAAGAUGAAUGACGUUGAUUCCAGUUCAGUUGAAGCUAUGUACUCUGUUGCUAGUCAGUGCCUUCAUGAGAAGAAAAAUAAAAGACCAGACAUCAAGAAGGUUCAACUUCUGCUGCAAGAGAUAACACCACUAUGAUUUUUU